AUGGUGCCUGAGAGCACCAGCGCCUGUGAUGGCAAUUUGCAUGAAGCUUCAACCAUCCCACAAGGGGUUAAAAAUUGCACCGGGAGGCCGCGAGCUGAAAAAAUCAAUGGUGGGAUUUCACAAGUUCCAUAUCCCGAUUUCAAAUCUCCCGAUUUCAGAUCUCCUGAUUUCAAAUCUUGUCCGCGUCACCAGCUGACGGAGUCAUGUUGGUGGUAG